UCAGGUAUGUAUGAAUAUAUUGAAAAAGAAUUGCAUAACUGGUUUGUAUACUUGUUUGUCAAGAUGGAAGCCCGUAUUGGACUACUUGUGUUUUGUUUAUGUGUGACAAUUACCCUUCUCGAAGUAAUAGGAAAAACCGAAGCAACAGUGACAAAGAAGCCUAUAGAAUGCAAUACUUCAAAAGAAUGUGGAUUUAACCAAUGCUGUGCCAAUGACAAAGUAAAAGGACGGAAAAAAAGAUCCACGGGCUUUGCUGGGAUUUGUAAACCAUAUGGCCAAAAGGAAUCAGAAUGUGCAGUGAACAAUCAAAAUGCUAAUGCAGUUGUGUUCCUUGGUUGGUGUCCAUGUAGCAAACGAUUUGAUUGUGUUGGAACAGGGAGUAUUGAACCACCGUUUGGUGAAAAAGGGGUAUGCAGAUAUAGAUAAAAAAAAAAGAAGAAGGAGAAUCGUUAACUUUAUUUUCGAAAUCGUCAAUGUUAAUGAAAAUAGUAUUUUUCAAAUACUCAUUACGUAUUUUAUUAUUUCAAAAUAAAUUGUCUUGUAUUCCUCCACA